AUGCGUUACUUAUCCUUGAAUAGCCACCUGAGUUCUCACAUUGGACCCAAACUAUACCUGUGUCAGGAAUAUGAAGAAAGCCCUUAUAAAUGUAAGGAACCUGAGAAAGCUUUAAAGCUUCACCAACAUAUUCGAAGACAUGAAGGCAGCCCCAGUGGGAAAGCUUUCCACUAUUCAACUUCCCUUAGAAAUGAAAGUACGCAUAUUCCUGGGAAACAGUAUGAGUGCAAGCAAUGUGGGAAAGGCUUUAGUCGUCUCAUUUCCUUUAAACGUCACAAAAACACUCAUAGUGGAGAGAAACCAUAUCAAAGUAAGCAAUGUGGCAAAGCUUUCAGUUCUCCCAAGUACUCUGGAGAAAAUGAAAGAACACACACUGGAGAAAAGCCCUAUCAAUGUAAGAAAUCUGGUAAAGCUUUCAGUUCCACUUCUCUUAGAAAUGGUGAAAGAACACAUACUGACAAGAAACAUGAAUGUAAGCAAUGUGGGAAGGUCUUCAAUUGGCUCAGCUCUCUUAGAAAACAUAAAAGAAGUCAUGAUGAAAAGAAGCCUCAUGAAUGUAAGGAAUGUGGUAAAACAUUUCUUCGUCGCUACUCUCUUAGAGAUCAUGAAAGGACCCAUACUGGGCAAAAACCCUAUGAAUGUAAGCAUUGUGGCAAAGGUUUCUAUUCUCUACCUGCCCUCCAACGUCAUGAAAUAACUCAUACUGGGGUAAAAUGCUAUAAAUGUAAGCAUUGUGGUAAAGGUUUCUAUUAUCAUACUUCUCUCCAAGAUCAUGAAAGAACUCAUACUGGGGAAAAACCCUAUGAAUGUAAGCUUUGUGGUAAAGUUUUCUCUUAUUCAACUUCCCUCCAAUAUCAUAAAAGAACUCAUACUGGGGAAAAACCCUAUGAAUGUAAGCAAUGUGGGAAAGCCUUCAGUUCCAGCAGCUCUCUUGCAAAUCAUAAAAGAAGUCACGAUGAAAAGAAGCCUCAUGAAUGUAAGGAAUGUGGUAAAACAUUCCCUGAUCAAUAUCACUUCCGAAUUCAUGAAAGUAUUCAUACUGGGGAAAAACCUUAUGAAUGUAGCCAUUGUGGUAAAGCUUUCUCUUAUCCAACUUCCCUUCAACGUCAUGAAAGAACUCAUAAUAAGGAAAAAAACCUAUGA